AUGGGUCGUCCUCGACGAGCCGCUGCCCAAAAGCCAGCGGGUCACUAUGCCCUCACCUCUGCCACCCGAGUUCAAAAGGCAUCUGCCACGCCGGCCCGGAAACCGCGCAAGAAGAAGGACCAGUCCGAGGAAGAUGCAAUGAGCCUAGAUACCGCUGCCACCGGGCCUUCUCGGAAAUCGCGCAAAGGCAAGGGUCGAUCUGAGGGAGAUACAAUGGGCACAGAUAUGCCUCCACCACCAAAAAAGAUCGCAAAGGGAAGGGUCGCCGCACUUGCAUUGGAUUUGAAAAAUUCUUACGAAGGGAAACUUCCCCCACCGGCACCGCGGCCAGAGCGGCAAACAAGAUGGAGACAGCCAGCAACGAAUCCAAUUGAGCGUUUUGAGGACACGCCAAAAGGUUGGAAUCACGAUGAACCCGAUCUUGAUCCUGAUGACCUAGAAUCUCAGAUCGAAAGAUGCCAUGAGCGGAUUAGUGAUAAUAUCAUGGUUCAUCAGUUUCAAUUCAAGCUUCAGGAGCUUCUGCGAAAGCAAACAUAUCGCAAUGAAAUGAUGUCUUCGGAGGCGCCUGGUUUGAGUUGGCCUGUCGUUCAGCGCUUGAAGUCCCUCAGGGAGAUGUUAGAAUGGCUGAGCAGCAAGGGUGACGAGUAUGAAUCGGCUGCAAAUGUGGCAGGCCUCAUAGAAGCAUACGAAUCAGGCAAAUUAAAGUACAACAGAGGCCUUGUUACCUACUGGUCUCAUGGCGUUCAACUCUGUGAGCCGAGGCCUUUCAGGUGGGAUGAAUGCGAUCUCAUCAGCGCUGAACAUGACGGUCAAAAGGGCUUUUGGGUAGAAGGGGUGAAGUAUGGCCCAAUGGCCCAAAUCUUGGCAGUGACAUCAGCUCCGACUCCCCGGAGUCCUCCCCUUCUCUUAACUCCCCAGGUCACCAUGGUCUACGCAUUUAUCCUCCCAACCACCUCACCUCUCUCAUUUCAAUCAUUUAUCUUCUCUACCACUCACCCAUCUAUCCCCCAAUCAGCUUCGACAGCCCGCCAUGCUCUCCGCCUCGCAUUGAAGGCCCACAAGCGCUUACCCCGCGACCGCCAGGACGCCCACCUGCCCACAGUUCUGUCCGCUUUGAAUGAAUACAUUCCCUACCUCUUUGCGAUUUCAAAAGGGCUGAAUGCUAGCUCUGAUUCCUCUGUCGUUCACGACAGCUACGCGUUAGGCGACACAAAUCUCCGCACCGGUGAAGUAGUCAACAUCACCAUACGUGCGGAAAUAGAGUCGACAUGGAGACCCAGGAAUGGACGAGUGUCUGGCCGAGGCAUCCAUUUCGAAUUGGCAUUUACCCUCAUAACUCUAGGCUAUGUACUGGAUAGGAUGGCGCGCGCAGGAGUUCUCACAGCCCUAUACGCAUCGUCUACCCCAUCCGCGGAGGUUCGUACUGCUGGUCUGCAGACUGCAACGCGGUAUCUACUACAAGCUAGCUCAGUGCAUAAUCUGCUAGCGUCCUCGCCGACUUUCACGGCAGCCACCGUUUCGACAGUUCCAGAGCUGGAGCCUGCUACGCAGUCGGCUUUGGCGUCUCUGGCUCUGGCCGAGGCUACGUUACUAGCAGUUUUGAAAGAUGAUGCGUAUGUCGCAGCGUGUAUCCAGUCGCGCAAUCCCAAUGAUAAAGAAUGGAUGGUGCAUGCACCCGAGAUCCCCAAAGUGCGAGCGCUGCUGUUUGCAAGACUCUGCGUUCGUGCUGCAGAGUACGCUGAACAGGCGGCUGCAGGACUAGGCGCUGUUGGAUCUGCUUCUGGUCGUGCAGGCCGUGUGGAUGAUGAUUUGGUUGGUUAUACUAGAGUCUUGGCUCGCGUUGCUCGGGCACGCGCCUGUCGUUUCUUUGGUGUGAAUGCCGAACUUUCAGGCAAAGUUGGCGAGGGUAUUGCGUGGCUACGAGCUGCGCGCAUUCCACUUGGGCUACGUGGAGCAGGGUCUUCACAGGAAGAUGGUGCUGGCUCGGGGAGUUCUACAAAGGGCGGACUGUCCCGUUUAAAACGAGAGUGGACAGAGCGACGUGAAGAACGUCGAGUCACUAAGGAUGCUGGUGGUAGCCGGAGCGAGAAAGGUCCAUUGCAUGCAGGGGAUGACGCUGGGCGCGACGAAGAGGGACGAGUUCUUGCGAUGCUUGAGACGAAGUGGGUGAAAAUGAAUGAUACAAUUAACACACAGGUCAUUCCACCAUCUGCGCCGUUGCUCUCUAAUCUGCCUUCUGGUCGUGAUAUUCACUCUCAACCAGCACCAUACCAGCCCCCUUCUCUAGACGAGGAUCAACUCAUGCGGAUGCGUGCCCCGCCAGAUGAAAACCACCACAUCCAAUCCGGAAGUGACGAUGACAGCGAUGAUGAUGUAGCACAGCGGGAUGGCCAUGGACCUCCGGGAGCAUUCCCGGACCGAAGUGCGACCGCAUCGAGCGUCUAUUAUUGA